AUGGAUGGCAAAAAACUGUGCCUGAUUCUUCAUCUAUUUGCUAUUCUAUUCGUCCCAAUGGUUGCCGGGGUUGAACCAGCUUUCUACAGGUGCGACACUAACAAAAACUUUACCACCGGCAGUCCAUAUGACAAACACUUGAGAAUCCUCUUACGAACUCUUUAUUUCAAAACUCCUGCUACUGGAUACGAAUUUGUGUCAGUGGAAGGAGAAAAUGAGCCUGUUUACGGUUCAGCUCUCUGCCGGGGUGGCGUUUCCCCUGCAGAUUGCAGAACAUGUCUUCUUGAAGCAGUAGCAGGGAUUCAAAGAAGUUGCUCGUUUAACAUUGCUGGGAACAUUUGGUAUGAACAUUGUUCUCUCACAUACUCGGACAUCGACUUCUUUGGACAUCCUUUCAGUACAGGAUAUCUGAUUAGGAGUGAGUACGAUGUAAGCAGUUCAUUGUCAUCAAAAGCUGAGAUAGGGAAGUUUUUGAAUCAGCUCUCUGAUGAAGCUUCAGCAUCGAAGAAACUGUUUGCCAGGGCAGUUGCUGAGCUUGAAGAAUCAUCAGGGCUGAAAGUCUUCGGAUUGGUUCAGUGUGCAUUGGAUAUUUCUUCUUCAAACUGUGCUGACUGCAUUCAUGAUCGGAUCAAUGAUCUUUUGUUUCUUUAUGAUGGAAAAGGAGCGCAAAUUGUCAGUGUGACUUGCAAUGUCAGAAUUGAGUUCUUUCCUUUCUUCCAGACCUGA